AUGAAGCACGCGGCCGCAGCGGCCGCCCGCGAUGGUGGCGCGCUGCGCUGCCUCACCUUUGAGAUCACCUCGACACUCGUCUGCCGCGUUCAAGUCCGCCUAUGGCAAGACAACGCCGAGCUUCCCAACUUUGGCGCGGCGUCGCUCGCCAACGAGCGCGAGUGGUGGCGUGCGAUGAUUCGGUCGACGCUGGACCAGGCGGGCUGCACCGAAGCGCUGGACGAUGAGACUUUCCCCCUGGUCUUUCAGCGCAUCUACUCGUCGUUCGCGUCGCCAGACGUGUGGGCCCCGUGCCCUGAGGGGGCGAGUGCGAUGCGGCACGCCAAGGAAAGAGGCCUGGUCGUCAGCACCGAGCACAGUGGCCUCGUCGUCGGCGUGUGCUCGAACGUCUACCCGCGGUACGUAGACCAAAACCUGCCUCUCCUCGGCCUGCACCGCGAUCUCGACUUUGCAGCCACGUCGUAUGAGGCCGGCGCGCUGAAGCCGAGCCGUGACGUCUUCGACGCGGCGGCGCGAAAGGCCUCGCAUGUGAACCGGCUGCUCCACGGCCGCACGCAGCCGGACGUCGCCCCGGGGCAGGCCCACACAGUGCUGCACGUCGGGGACGACCUCGAGAAGGACUACCUUGCGGCCAGGGCGGUCGGCAUGCACGCGCUCCUCUUUGACCCGGACGGAAAGGCGGCCGACCCGGCGGCGGAGCGGGGCGUGCCUGCGAGCGACGUGAUUCGCUCGCUCGCCGAGGUCCCUUCGCGGAUCGACGAGCUGCUGGGCGCAGCUGUGUAG